AUGAUGUUUCCAUCUGAAUUCAAUGAAACUUUGGACAUGCACGAUCGCUUUGAUACAGAUGAUCUAUUAUUUAGUCACAAUGCAACUCCAGCUUCGGUGGCAAAUGCAGAAAACGAUCUUAUUACCAUAACAGAAGAAAUAAUAGCUACUGUAGAAAAUAACUUUAAUCCUGAAGAAGCUAAUUAUGAGCACUUCACAAUGGAGAAUGAAUCGUUUAUUGAUAUGAGUACAGUAAUCACCCAUGAUGAAAACGCAACAAUACAGUUAAUUCAAACAGACCACUCGUUAAUUAAUGACGAACCGACAUUAUUAGAUGAAAAUACUGUUAAUCAAUUCUUAUUACCAUUACCAGUUUCUUCGAAUGAAAAUAAGGAGAAUUUAAAUACAGGACCCGAUCUUUUAGCUUUAUAUUCGUGUGUAAUUUGUCAUGAUAUAUUUACGAACGAUGCUGAUCUACUGGAUCAUACAAUUUUAAUGCAUGCAAGUGAUAAUUCUGAAAAUUCUAAUAUCCCUAAACUGAUACCUCAAAGUACUAAUAAAUUACCAACCGGCAGUACAAACUUUGAUGCCGAAUGGCUGGUGUGUUGUCUUUGUGAAAGAGUUCUUUCGACUGCUUUAGAAAAUGAACCUACUGAACAAUUAUGCUGCAUUGACAUAAAUGGCAAAAGCAGUGUUGCACCGCGAAAACUCAGCACAAUGUUUGUCUGUGAUAUUUGUAACUAUUUAUUUGCUGACGGGGAAGCACUCGAUUGUCAUAAGCUAAGUUGCUAUUCGCAAUGCGACCAACUGCCCGGAAAUCUGGACGAAUGUAUUUUAGAAGCACCUUUACCACAGAGUAUAAACGUUCUUCCUGCAUGUACGUUAUGCGGGAAGCAAUGUUCAACAGAUGAGGAACUACGAGCUCAUGCAGAGAGCCACAGACCCAGUCGUGGUCGACGAGCCUACACGCCUGGGAAUAGUUCCAAAAUGUGGAAUUGUGGAUCUUGUAAUCAACUGUUUGCUACUGCCAGAGAGCUGUAUCGUCACAAGCGGGGUGAAGACCGCCCGCCCGGCGCACCUGUGAUGGCCUAUGUCUGUGAGGAGUGUGAUAAAGAACUGGGCAGCAUGUGCGCGUUGCAUACACACAAAAAGAUGCACAAAGUAUCAAAACCAGGUUAUCCGUGUCGAGUGUGUGGUCGCCGCUUCAAUCAGUCAGGACACCUGGCAAUCCACAUGAGGAUGCAUACAGGAGAACGUCCAUACCCUUGUGAUCUUUGCUCCAAGGCGUUUAAAGUCAAGGUGGAGCGCGACGACCACCGGCGGACGCAUACGGGCGAACGGCCCUUCGCGUGCACGGCCUGCCCCAAGACGUUCACCGCCGCCGCACGCUUGCGUGAGCAUGCGCGCAUACACACCGACCAAAGGCCCUACCGUUGUGAUAUAUGCGGUGCGGCAUUCCGGAGGCCGUACGCGCGCACCGUGCACACGCUGAUCCACACGGGCCAGAAGCCGCACGAGUGCAACGUCUGCGGCACGGCUUUCAGGCGUUCUGGCGACAUGUGGAAGCACAAACGGACUCUACACGGCAUCCAACCAGAGGUGGAAGCGAAAAUGUGAUUUUAAAUGAGUGAUAAGAUUAUCCAAUUAUUUAUUU